CACACACACACAUACGAAGCUUAGUUCGAUUGUUGGGGUAAUUCACUUGUUCUUGUGCCAGUAUAUUGGGCUGAGUCAGCGACCAAGCUUUCUUGAGGCUUCAGGGACCAUCGCUUGGUUUUCUUGUCGCUCUCGGCCAGCAUUGAAUUUCAUUACUUCUUCAUCCCAUCCUCGGAAUAUCGGAACAUGCCGAUCGCAACAUCAAGCCUGACCAGACUUGAUCGGCCGACUCGGAUCCUGCAGCACAAUGAUGAUGCCUACCUGACACUUCUUGCAUCCGCCCUCAAGGCUGCCGCUCGGCAGCCCAAUCGCUUCGGAUCACCCGUCAUCCUUACACCCGCCAGCAGCAGCAGCACCACCACCACCACCAACACCACCAGGUCGAUUACCGGCUUAGAUCUCUACCACGCCACCCUCUCUGACGCCCCCCAGCCGACCGACGUCUUCCUUAAUUCCUUUUCCGGCCCAUUCAACCAUCGCCUGUUUCUCCCGACCGACGAUGUCCGCACCUGGUGGAUCGAGAAAUUCAUCGUGACCUCGAGGAGGCCGGAUUCCCUCCUUCUGGCAGCACAAUCCUGA